UUCACUUUCUAUUUCCAGCAUUUUCUUUUCCACCAUUUUCCCGGAAAACAUUCAAUCCUAUUACACGCCAAAACCUUGUCCUACUCCACUUCCCCAAUUAUUUUCUUCACUUCUCUUCACUCACUACUCCCAUUUCCAUUUCCAUAAUACUCACUCGCCAAAUCUGUUUUAAUGUGAGCUUCCAUCGUAAUGGAUCGAUUUUUUUGGACUUAAUCCUCGAUUAUGAGCUUUUUUUUUCUUUCUUCAUUUUAUUUUAUUGUAAAUUGUAAAGGGAUUUCAUCGCGAUCUUCUUCUCUGUUGGAAUUUUGAGAUUUUUUUAGCUUCGUGGUGAAGUUUCGCUGAGAUUUGUGUUCUUUUUGAGUUCUAGAAUCUUGAUGUUGGUUUCAGGGGGAUUGGAUUAAAGCUUCUAUUAUAUGGUUUCACACCAUAUGUACACAGUAUGUUCAGUCGCUUGAACUUCAUUUGAGAAGUAUCUAACCCAUAAAAGGAAAAGAAAAAGGAUGUGGUUAUCCUGCAUUUGGAUAAUAUGAAGACCACACAGGGCACUAAAGAAUCAUCUCAAGCUUCUCGUGAUUCAACAAUUGACAAAGCAAAUGAGAAAGAAAAUGACAAAAUAAAUACAACUGAGGCACCUAUUACAGAAUCAAGUUCGGUAUCUGCAACAAGCAAUGACAGCAAGAGACUUUCUCCUCAAGAUAUUGAAUUUGUCCAGAAUUUAAUUGAGCGGUGCUUACAAUUAUACAUGAACAGAGAUCAGGUGGUUAAAACACUCCUGACUCGUGCAAGAAUAGAUCCGGGAUUCACAACUCUGGUAUGGCAAAAAUUGGAAGAAGAAAAUGCCGACUUUUUCCGAGCAUAUUAUAUAAGGUUGAAACUGAGAAAACAAAUCCUCUUAUUCAACCAUUUGCUUGAGCAUCAAUAUCACCUGAUGAAGUAUAAUAUGCCUCCCAAGGUUCCAUUGGCACCUAUACAAAAUGGAAUUCACCCUAUGCCUGAUAAUAACUUACCUAUGGGGUAUCCAGUCCUUCAGCAAUCCAUGGCUCCAGUCCCAGGUCGACCCCAUAUUGAUACUAUGGGUAAUGGAAUUUCAAGUUGUCAUAUAGUUAAUGGAGUCCCUGCACCAAGUAACUAUCGUCGUGUUCAGAUGAAUUCGGGGAACGAAGCAUUGUCAUCCAUGUCAGAAAUUCCUGUGAGUCCAACAUCUGUGGCAUCCAGUGGUCAUUUCCCGUUCUCAGCAUCAGAAAUCUCCGGAAUUGGAGCAGAGACUUCGACUCUUGAAACUGCCUUCACAUCAGAUGUUGCUAAUUCUGUGGGCUUGCAACUUCCACCAGAUGGUAUUGAUGGAGAUUCUCGGGACUCUUUCAGAUCAUUGGAUCAAAUUCAAUGGAAUUUCAGCAUGUCGGAUCUGACGGCAGAUUUGUCAAAUUUGGGAGAUUUAGGAGCUUUGGGAAACUAUCCUGGUUCUCCAUUUCUGCCUUCUGAUUCGGAUCUUUUGCUUGAUUCUCCAGAGAAUGAGGAUUUAGUUGAGGAUUUUUUCGUCGAUUCUGUGCCCGGGCAAUCGUGCUCGCAAUCAGAUGAAGAGAAAACUUAGAUGAUGCAAGGUUAGGCAGUCAAUGUUCCCUUUUCACUUUGAUUUAGUUGGAUAAGAUAAAAUCAGAACAAUAAGUAAUAAGUCAUUGCUAGAAAUUUUGUGGGGACUGUUACCUUCAGUUUCAAACAUCUUGAAAUUGACUGCGGUUUCGCUUGUAUGCUUUGUAUGAUUGUUGAGUUGAAAAGUAGACAUGCCAGAGGAAUUUUCAAUACAUUUGUUCUUUUACAAAGCUA